AUGGCUGCACACCCGCACGUCACCGAGACGCGCAUGACAGCGUGGAACUGGCCGUUGCACGUCAACUGGCUUAAUGUCUUCUUGACUGUACUCAUCCCGCUGUCUGGUUGCGUCGCGGCUUUCUACGUCCCCUUGAAAUUGACGACAGGCGUAUUCGCUUUCGUAUACUACUUUUUUACCGGUCUCUCCAUCACCGCCGGCUACCACCGCUUAUGGUCGCACACGUCGUACUCGGCGACGCUGCCGCUCCGCGUCUUCCUGGCCGCUUUCGGCGCGGGCGCCAUCGAGGGCUCCAUCCGCUGGUGGAGCCGCGACCACCGAGCCCACCACCGGUACACGGACACGGAAAGGGAUCCUUACUCGGUGCGGAAGGGCCUGUGGUAUAGCCACAUGGGAUGGAUUCUGAUGAAGCAGAACCCGCGCCGGAUCGGACGCACCGACAUCUCGGACCUGAACGAGGACCCGAUCGUCAUCUUCCAGCACCGGCACUACGUCAAGUGCGCUCUGUUCAUGGGCGUCAUCUUCCCCGGUUUGGCAGCGUGGCUGCUGUGGGAUGAUCUUGUUGGCGGCAUCGUUUACGCGGGCAUCCUGCGCGUCUUCUUCGUCCAGCAGGCGACCUUCUGCAUCAACAGCAUCGCGCACUGGCUCGGCGAGCAGCCCUUCGACGACAGGAACAGCCCCAGGGACCACUGGAUCACGGCGUUGGUCACGCUCGGCGAGGGCUACCACAACUUCCACCACGAGUUCCCCAGCGACUACCGCAAUGCGAUUGAGUGGUGGCAGUACGACCCCACCAAGUGGUUCAUCUGGCUAUGGAAGCAAGUCGGCCUGGCCUACGACCUGAAGCAAUUCAGGGCCAACGAAAUCGAAAAGGGCCGCCUCCAAAUGGACCAGAAGAAGCUGGACCGCAAGCGCUCGCAGCUCGACUGGGGCGUGCCGCUGGACAAGCUGCCCGUCAUCUCGUGGGACGACUACGUGGCGCAGGCCAAAGAGGGCGGCCGCGCCUGGAUCGCCGUCGCCGGCGUCAUCCACGACGUCUCCGACUUCAUCUCCGAGCAUCCCGGUGGCCGCGCCCUCAUCCGCGGCGCCAUCGGCAAGGACGCUACCGCCAUGUUCAACGGCGGCGUGUACGACCACAGCAAUGCUGCGCAUAACUUGCUGAGCACGAUGCGUGUGGGUGUUAUUAGGGGAGGUAUGGAGGUCGAGCUGUGGAAGCGCCAGCACAAGGACGUCGGCGCCGAGUAUGUCAAGGAUACCUACGGAAAUCGCGUCGUGCGUGCCGACGACCAGGUUACCAGGGUGCGGGCGCCGCAGGUGGUUGCCGCUGCGUAG